AUGAAGUCGUGGGGUACAGUUCUGUUGGCUGUGCUUGCCACGUCAGCUACAGUUUACAGUCAUGAUGCUGAUCCAGAGAUGAAAAUGACUACGCCCCAAAUCAUCAUGCGGUGGGGAUAUCCAGCCAUGAUCUAUGAUGUUACCACCGAAGAUGGCUACAUUUUGGAGUUGCACAGAAUCCCCUACGGAAAGACAAACGUCACAUGGCCAAAUGGAAAGAAGCCAGUCGUUUUCAUGCAACACGGAUUGGAAUGUGCAUCUGAUAACUGGGUCGUCAAUUUGCCGACUGAAUCUGCUGCAUUCCUCUUCGCAGAUGCUGGAUACGAUGUCUGGCUCGGAAACUUCCGUGGAAACACCUACAGUAUGAAACAUAAAAACUUGAAACCAUCGCAUUCUGCAUUCUGGGAUUGGUCAUGGGAUGAGAUGCAAGAGUACGAUUUGCCAGCUAUGAUUGAAAAGGCUCUGGAAGUCACUGGACAGGAUAGUUUGUAUUACAUGGGACACUCACAAGGAACGCUCACCAUGUUCAGUAGGCUUUCUAACGAUAAAGUUGGAUGGGGAAAUAAGAUCAAGAAAUUCUUCGCUCUGGCACCAGUUGGAUCUGUUAAGCACAUCAAGGGAGCUCUAAAAUUCUUCGCUGAGUACUUUGCACCAGAAUUCGAUGGAUGGUUCGAUGUAUUCGGAUCAGGAGAGUUCCUUCCAAAUAACUGGAUCAUGAAACUUGUCUCUCAAUCCGUCUGUGCUGGACUUAAAGUGGAAGCUGAUGUUUGUGAUGACGUCAUGUUCCUCAUUGCUGGACCAGAAUCGAACCAAGUUAACGCUACUCGUGUCCCAAUCUAUGUUGCUCAUACUCCAGCUGGCACCUCCACCCAAAAUAUCGUCCACUGGAUUCAAAUGGUCCGUCAUGGAGGUACUCCAUACUAUGAUUAUGGAGAGAAGGGAAACAAGAAACAUUAUGGUCAAGGAAAUGUUCCAUCCUAUGACUUCACCAAUGUGAAUCGACCAGUCUAUUUGUAUUGGGGAGAUUCGGAUUGGCUUGCCGACCCAACUGACGUUACUGACUUCUUGUUGACCCAUUUGAACCCAGCAACAAUUGUGCAAAACAACAAGUUGACUGAUUAUAAUCAUUUGGAUUUCAUUUGGGGACUCAGAGCUCCAAAGGAUAUUUACGAACCGAUCAUUGAGAUCAUCCGAAAAGAUGUUAUCAAUGGAUCCUGA